AGAUCCUCAGUUUUGUAAUGAAGAUUACAUCUAAGAUUUUUAAGUUGUACAGUGAAGUACUUUAAAUCGUUAAAAUCAUGAUUCGUACGAAUGUUUGUCGAUUAACUUCUUUGGUUACAAAUAAAUGCGCUUCGAGUCUAAUAAAAAACUUUGCACAACGUCCCCCAUUGCAAAUUUAUAUCCGUACAACACCAACAGCCGACCGAAUUCGUUGUUAUACGUCAUUGCCAUCUGUACAAAACCAAAACUGUGAGAAACAGCCUGAAAAUGAACCUACGGGUAAAAUGCAAAUCAAUUUUACUUGUACUGUGUGCAACACAAGGAACAGCCGGAGGUUUUCAAAACUUUCAUACGAAAAAGGAAUUGUGAUUGUGGAAUGCGAUGGGUGCAGUAACAACCAUUUGAUAGCCGAUAACUUGGGAUGGUUUCCAGAUACAGGAUGUAAAAACAUUGAAGAAAUAUUAUCUUCCAAAGGCGAAAAGGUCAAACGAAUAAAUGGAUGUUGGGAAUUAAGGUCAAAAUGAUGAGAAAAUAUAUUAAAAUAAAAUUAACUUGUAAAUAAUAAACAUUGUUAUGAAAUCUUAUACUCAAAUGUAAACAUUUGUUAUUAAAUAAUAUUUAACAUGUAUUAUGUAAAAAAAAAAAUAAAUAAAAACCUUUAGUAUGUAA